CUUCCGGACACGUUAUUGUUGCAUCAGCAUCCAGCAGCGGCUCUGUGUGUUAAUGCAAUGUCGACCUCAGCAGAGACAGCCUUUGAGUUUGGCUUCUUGCUACAGAUAAGUGAGGAAGUCGCGUUGGCAGCGGCCCUGAACGACUACCUAGCCUCACGCAGCUACCUGGCUGGCUUCAGCCCCUCUCAGGUCGACCAGAAAGCCUUUAAGCUCCUCCGCAGGCCCCCAGACCCGCAACAUGUCCACGCUCUGCGCUGGUACAGACACAUAGCCGCCCUGCAGCCGGACCUCGACACCACAGACAGCAGCAUGAAGGGAAAGCGAGUCCAGCCGCCUUGGUCUCCACCAGCAGGAACAAAUGUUCCCCAACUAAAACUCUACAACAGCCUGACCAGAUCUAAGGAGGUUUUUGUCCCUCAGAAUGGGAACAAAGUGACGUGGUACUGCUGCGGACCGACGGUGUACGAUGCCUCACACAUGGGACACGCCAGGUCGUACAUCUCCUUCGAUAUUCUGCGGAGAAUACUGAGGGAUUACUUCAAGUAUGACGUCCUGUACUGCAUGAACAUCACAGACAUAGACGACAAAAUUAUUAAGCGUGCACGGCAGAACUACCUGCUGGAUCAGUACAAAGAGAAACAACCACAAGCUGCUCAGAUCCUGCAGGAUGUGCUGAGUGCCAGAGGGCCCUUCCAGACGUCGCUGGCUUCCACCACAGAUCCCGAUAAGAAGCAGAUGUUGGAGCGUCUGGAUGCUGCCGUCACCGCCGCUCUGCAGCCGCUGCAGGCCGCCAUGGACGGCAAGGCAGCAGACGACGUGGUUCAACCUCUGGCCCAGACGCUGUUGACGAACUCCAAAGAUCUUCUGUCCGACUGGUUGGACAAACAGUUUGGGAGUCAAGUUACGGAGAACUCCAUCUUCUCCAUCCUGCCAAAGUAUUGGGAGGGAGAAUACCACAAAGACAUGGAGGCUCUGAACGUUCUUCCUCCUGAAGUCCUCACUCGAGUCAGUGAGUACGUACCUGAGAUCGUAGACUUUGUGAAGAAAGUCAUCUCCAACGGUUACGGGUACGAAUCAAACGGUUCGGUUUACUUCGACACCUCAAAGUUCGACUCCAGUCCGCAGCACUCGUACGCCAAGCUGGUGCCCGAGGCCGUCGGAGACCAGAAAGCUUUACAGGAAGGAGAAGGGGAUCUGAGCAUCUCUGCUGACAGACUGAAUGAGAAAAAGUCCCAGAAUGACUUCGCCUUGUGGAAAGCCUCCAAACCCGGAGAGCCUUCGUGGGAUUCUCCGUGGGGGAAGGGGCGACCCGGCUGGCAUAUUGAGUGUUCAGCGAUGGCCGGCUCUAUUUUGGGAGAGUCCAUGGACAUCCACGGAGGAGGGUUUGAUCUCCGGUUCCCUCAUCACGACAACGAGCUGGCUCAGUCCGAGGCUUUCUUUGAGAACGACUUCUGGGUUCGUUACUUCCUGCAUACGGGUCACCUGACCAUCGCUGGAUGCAAGAUGUCCAAGAGUCUGAAGAACUUCAUCACUAUUAAAGACGCGCUGGCCAAGAACACCGCUCGUCAGCUCCGUCUGGCGUUCCUGAUGCAUUCCUGGAAAGACACUCUGGAUUAUUCCUCCAACACGAUGGAGUCGGCCGUCCAGUACGAGAAGUUCAUGAACGAGUUUUUCCUGAAUGUGAAAGACAUCCUUCGCUCUCCGACUGAUAUCACCGGUCAGUUUGAGAAGUGGGAAGCAGCAGAGAUGGAGCUGAACAACGGUUUCUACGACAGGAAGUCAGCCGUCCACGAGGCUCUGUGUGACAACAUGGACACUCGCACCGUCAUGGAGGAGAUGAGAACGCUGGUUGGUCAGAGCAACAGUUACAUCGCCAGCAGGAAGAGCGCCAAGCUGAGACCUAACCGCAUGCUGAUGGAAAGCAUCGCUGCAUACCUCACCAACAUGCUCAAGAUAUUUGGAGCCAUCGAAGGAUCCGACCCGAUCGGUUUCCCAGUCGGAGGACAAAGUCAGAACAUCGAUCUGGAGAGCACAGUGAUGCCGUUCCUCUCUGUGCUGUCUGACUUCAGAGAAGGAGUCCGCAGAAUCGCCAGAGAGAAGAAAGUGACGGAGCUGCUGCAGCUGUGUGACGUAGUCCGUGAUGAAACGUUACCAGAGCUCGGUGUUAGACUGGAGGAUCAUGAAGGUCUUCCUACGGUGGUGAAACUGGUGGACAAGGAAACAUUACUGAAGGAGAAAGAAGAGAAGAAGAAAAUGGAAGAAGAGAAGAGGAUGAAGAAGGAAGAAGCUGCGAGGAAGAAACAAGAACAGGAGAUGGCUAAACUUGCUAAGAUGAAGAUGCCUGCAAGUGAAAUGUUUCGCUCAGAAACCGACAAAUAUUCCAAAUUUGAUGAAACGGGUUUCCCGACUCACGACGCCGAGGGCAAAGAGAUCAGCAAAGGACAAACCAAGAAGCUGCGGAAGCUCUACGAGACUCAGGAGAAGCUUCACAACGAUUAUCUGCAGAUGAACCAGAACGGAAACUGAUUUUUAUAAAAACACAAACCCAACAGAAUAAAUGUUAAGGCCAGAGACGCUGGCUCAUCGUUUGUCUCCUUCUUCAUCCUGCAACGGGACCAAAGUCCGUCUGUCUGGUGCUUUUUAUUUUAAUUAUUUGGGGGAAGAAACUUGUUUUUUUCUUUCUUUUUUUAAAUAUCUCAUCAUCAUGUCUCCACAUCAGCAUAAAUAAUAAGGUGAUAAAUGAAGGGACCGUCUCAUAAUGUUUUAUAAAUAUAAAUAUAUAUAUAUAUAAAAAGUGAAACUCUGUAACACUGCCAGUCAUUUAAAAAAGGAUUAAAAACUCUACU